CACGAAGGGUAGUAAUAUAAAAUCGCCUUUAAGCUACUAAAAUGUGGUAUCAUCAAUAAUCCCGAAAUAUUCGAUACAUCAUGACUAACACGCUAAUUUAUAUGCAGUGAGAAAUUUUGUUAGAUGAUGUUGGUGUUGAGGGAAUUACGAUGAUUGUAAUGUGGUGUUUUAGAAGACGUGAGAAAUUGAAUGUGUGUAAUGGCUUUCUGCGUGAUGAGAAGGUUAUAUAUGUCGAACGAAACAUCUGGUAGAUAUUGUCUGGACUGAAUUUGUCAUGUGUGGAAUGUGUCAUCGUAACUAAAGGUUUUAACAAUUAAGAAUUUUGAUGUACGUGUCAUGCACGAUUGCCAUGUAACUUACUAAAUAUCGCAUGCACAGAUUGCAUGUUCCUACACAGAAGUGUCUGGCGGUAAUAAUCAUCAUACAAGUGUAUUGAUCGACAGGAUCAGUAAGGAUAAAUAGUUUGUACAGAAAGUCAAGGAAACCCGAUUGUAAUGUUGGAAAGUAACAAGCAGCAUAGCAGAGCUAGUGUAAGUACAGUAUGCAGAGGAUACAGUAAACUGUAAUAAGUUGAGGUAUUUGCAUAUGAAACACAGGUGCUUUAAUGGCGGGACCACAGCGUAAGCGCAAAGUAAAGAGAAGGAGGUUUACUCAUGCUGAAGCAUUGCGUCAGCAGAGAAAAAAACCACCAGAUGGUGUUCACUCACAAAUAAGUAACUGGAAUUCUGAGCCAUUAGUGCAUCAGGUGGUAAUGAAACUUCAGGAAAUUUGUAGAGCUGUUAUAGCGACAAAUGUAAAUAUGAUUAUGAGUGAAGCUGUUCAGUCAAAAGUAGAACAAGUUUCGAAAGAAUGCACGUCGCCAUUAGUUGAAUCUUCAGUGGUUAGUAAGGAAAAAACAGACAUGACAUGUUCAGAAAUUUCAUAUGCUUCAGAUCAAGUAAAUGUGGCCAACAGUGACAUAUUUUGCUCAAAAAUAUGUGGGUCACCUGCAUCUCUGGAUGUUUUGGACAGUGUUCAUGCAGAUGGAGCUGAUAGCUUAGUCAAACUUGAAAUUUGUGAAACUGAAAGUUGGAAAUCACAGCAGAACAAUUUGAAUUGUGUAAGCUAUCCUAAAAACACACAUUUGCAUGAUGUUAUCAAAGAAGAAUGUGAAUGUGAUGUUAAUGACAGUAACAUCUGUGCCAGUAAUGUAAUUAAUGAAACUUUCAGCCUGAAAACUGAACCAGUUGAUAGCUUAGCAAAUGUUAGUCACAAAAUAGAACAACAAGAUAGGAAGAGUGUUGACCUUGUAGAAAAUAGCGAGGGUCCUAGUUCUAGUGUUGCAGGUGAUGAUAUUCUUUUAAAGGAGCAAGAAAGCUUAUCUAAUCAGCCUUUUGAUAAUAAAACCUUCUCAAACAAUGUCAACAAAAUUGUUUUGCAUGAUUACUCAAGGUCUGAGAAUCAAUACUGCAAGGAGAAUGGCUGUAAUUUUACAGGUCCCAUGAAUGUAGCAAAUCGCUUUGAAAAUUCUCCCAUUGUAGCUGCUAAUGAGAAUACCAGUUUCAGUGGCACUGCUUAUUCGUUGGAUGAAAGUAGAGGAAAUUGUCUGAUGGAGAUUCAGAAACAUUUGGGCCUUCAUUCCAGAAUCAGAGAGAGAAGAUUCAUUUCUCAUAGUUUAACAUCUGCAUCGACUGAAGAAUCUUUAGAUAGUUUGUUGUCUAAUGAAAUGGGUGAAAGAGAAUGUUCACCAGAUUUGAAAAAUUAUCAUUUAAAAGAUGAGAUUUUGUAUAAUACAAGAAAUUGUGGAAUGGUAGGUGAUGCAGACAGAUUGUCUCAUCAAGAAGUAUCUGAUUCAGGGUCAAUCAGGUUUUCAGCAGAUUCAAGAUAUGCCCUGUCAUCAAUAUCCAUGGGAUUAUCAAAUGAUGACUCUUGUAGAGAUGAUACUUCUGCACAUUCGUGGUCUUCUACGUCACUCUCGAUCAACAGUGGUGGAAGAAUUGAUAGUUAUUUGGAGCCAAACACAGAUAUCCCACAUCAUUACAGCUUUGAGGCAAGUGAUAGUUCGUCUGGGUUUUAUACUGAGCGACUCUGUGAAGAUGUUCAUAUGCUUCAACGUACUGUACCAGUCACAUACCCGGCCAUGUCCAUCAGCCCCCCAGCAAUGUUGCCUCAGGAAGGAAUUGUACCAGGAACUAAAACCUUAAAGUCUUGUGAAGAAGAACUGUUGAGGAGAAUUGAAGAGUCUUUAACAGAAAGAGAAACAUUGAAGUAUCAAAAAGAAGAACUUUUUAAUAAAAUUGAAAAGUCUUUAACAGAAACAGAAUCAUUGAAGUAUCGCGAAGAAGAACUUCUGAAGAAAAUUGAAAGAUCUUUAACAGAAGCUAAGUCAAUGAAAUUCCGAGAGGAAGAACUUCUAAGGAGAAUUGAAGUAUCUUUAGCACAGAGAGAAACUGUGAAACCUGAUAAUGAAGAUCUGUUUAUUAGGCUGAAAACAUCAUUGAAGGAUGCAACAUAUAAUAGUAUAGAUUUACAAUCUACAGAUGCCAUAGAAUUUGAGUCAGAACACGAGCCAGAUUUGGAUAAGUCAUUACCGCUUAAAAAGCGAAAAAAACUGCUGAAAACUUUGACAGACGAUGAAGACAGAACGAUGCAAAUAAGAAAUUUAUCACUAGAAAGCUUUCCGUCAUUUCCGUCAUGGCCAAUGAUUAGUAUUGCACAAUUGGAAGCUAUUGGCAAAUUACAACAUAAUUUAAAUUUUCCGUCAUUUCCAUCACAACCAAUGAUUAGCAUUGCGGAAUUUGAGGCACAUACAGCGUGUAGUAAAUCACAUCAUCAUACAUUUGAGUCAUCUAAAGUUGUGCCCUGGGUAUCACGAUGUCCUCAUUACUGUAAUGAAAGUAGUUUUUGUGAUGAGUCACCCUUCUCCAGAGAUGUUAGUGUUGGAGGAAUGUAUGAGGAGUUUUUAGAACAUCGUUAAAACUGUGGAAAUUACAAGGGACUCUAAUAGGUCUGAUGAAAUAAUGAGAAGAUUGGAGGCUUCAUCAGCAGAAACUUUAUUAUCCAAGUGCAGUGAUGUAGCUGAAGAUUUCAGAGAUAAUAGGGUCUUGCUGCAGAUUCCUUAUGCAGUGACACAGAAGUGUGAGAAGAAAGGAUCCUUCAGCCGAUUUUUAUGUGGCAGAAACUAAUUCCAAAGAAAAUAGGUUCAGAAUGUAUUGAAAUUGAAGCAGAUUAUAAAACAGUAAUAAACUGCUUGAAAAAAUUGUACCUUCAAGUGAUGGAAUGGAGGCACGUUUAGAAUUAAAAUGUAAAACAGAAGCAGAUUUUAAAAACAGGAUAGAAUACUGUGGAGUAUUUUGUCCACCUUAAACAGAUUUGAAGUACAAAGCAGAUAUCAAUUCAGAGGCAUCUUUAGCUCUGUCAAGAUUUACAAAGAUAGAUGUGAAUUCUGAUGAUAGCAUAAAAAUAGGCAUACCUCAUUUUAUUUCGC